CCGGACCGCGUUUCCCCCUCAAUGCGUUUCCCGUCUCUCCCCGCGCACCGUACCCCUCAUUUCCGGAAACAUGGCCGUCUCCACGAGCACGAGGAGCGGAGUUGGGAACGAUCCACGAGAGCCCAAGCCGUGCAGCCCUGACCACCAGGAAGAGGAUAAUGAGGAGCUGGACCAGGAGGAGCAAAUCGAGGAGAAGGUGGACCAGGAUAAUGUGGACCAAGAGGAUGCAGCCUCGGACGCUCGGAGCGACGCCGAGGAUGGUGGAGAUGCAGACGCAAGUGAUAACGAAGAUGAGAGCAACGAUUUGGAAACAACAGAUGAUGGCCCCUCUGGCUGGGCUGAUGCCAUGGCCAAGAUCCUGAACAAGAAAAUUCCUCAAAGUAAACCAGCUAUUCUCUUGAAAAGUAAAGCCAUUGAAAAAGCAACGGAAGAGGAAAAUGAGCAGAGAGAAAAGCUGAAAAAACAGAUUGAAAAGCAGCAGCAAUGGGAGGAGAUGUGCCGAAUGAAGCCUGACCCCACAAAGGAUCGCGAUCGAGAGCGGAAUCUACAGAGAGUGGCCACAAGGGGCGUGGUGACACUCUUCAAUGCUGUGCGAAAACAUCAAAAGGGAAUGGAGAAAAAGGUGAAAGAAGCUGGCGGUCUUGAGCGCAAGAGAGCCAAGGUGCUCUCCUCGGUCACCAAGAAGGACUUCAUCAGCAUGCUGCGGGGCGAGGAGGACGCGACACUUACACGCUCUGGCCCCGGCCGCACAGCCCCACAGGCGGGUGAGCAGAGCGGGCCAUCGUGGAACAUCCUGCGAGAAGACUUCAUGAUGGGAGCCAAAAUGAAAGACUGGGACAAGGAGAGCGUCAGCUCGGCGAGUGGAGGAGACGGGGAACCGAUGGACGAGCUUGACAGUGACUCGGACUAGUGUGCACGGGGCCACGCUCGCGGACCCCAACCCACGCUAGCGCUCAAAUCCCAACACCAGCCGCGCAUCCACAUCUGCUGACAUCGUACGGCACUGCGAGAUCUGCAAUUCCUGCAUCUACUUCAUACCUACGCAACAGUGUCUAACGGUCAUGUUUUGAAAUACUGACGGUCGACGUUUCGCAUUUCAUUUGGUUUUACCAUGUUUCCCAGUUCUGUGUAUAUAAACAAAAAAUAAACAUUUUUGAGACAUUUUCAUUGCGAAAAA